AUGCUGGAUCUCUACAAGGAGAUGCCUUUCGACAACCCCGACGGUGGCGCCUGGAAGCAGGGCUGGAGUUUGACCUACGACACCAGCCAGUGGAGCGCGGCGAAGAAGCUGCGCGUCUUCGUGGUGCCCCACUCGAACAACGACCCCGGGUGGAUCAAGACGUUCGAGCAGUACUACGCGGGUCAGACCCGCAAUCUCAACUCGAUGGUGGCGAUGCUGGAGCGCUUCCCGCGCAUGAAGUUCAUCUGGGCUGAGAUCUCGUACCUGGACCUCUGGUGGAACGAGAUCUCACCCGAGGUCAAGGCCAGGCUGGUGUCGCGGGGUCAGCUGGAGCUGGUGACGGCCGGCUGGGUGAUGCCGGACGAGGCCAACACGCACUACUGGGCCGUCCUCGAGCAGCUGGUCACCGGACACGAGUGGCUGCGGCUGAACCUGAACGCCACCGUCAGUAACGGCUGGUCGAUCGACCCGUUCGGCCUCUCGCCGACCUUGGCGUACGUGCUGCGCCGCUCCGGCCUCGACCACAUGGUGAUCCAGCGCGCCCAUUACGCCGUCAAGCGCCGCCUAGCGCGGCACAAGCAGCUCGAGUUCUGGUGGCGGCAGACCUGGGACAGCGGCGACAGCACCGACAUGUUCUGCCACGUGAUGCCGUUCUACAGCUACGACGCGCCGCACUCGCCGGCGCCGACCUGCUACCGGAGAACCAUGCAUUGUCCUGGUAUGGUUCGCGGCGGUGUGUGCUGCCAGUUUGACUUCGCGCGGCUGCCCGGCGGCAAGUACAACUGUCCGUGGCGCGUAGCGCCGCGGCCAAUCAACGACGGCAACGUCGCCGAGAGGGCGGCCACGCUGCUGGACCAGUACCGGAAGAAGGCGCAGCUGUACAACAGCCGGGUGGUGAUGGUGCCGCUGGGCGACGACUUCCGCUACGACAGCGCGCACGAGUGGGAGGCGCAGUACGUCAACUACCAGCGCCUCUUCGAUCACAUGAACGGCCAGACGGACUGGCACGUGGAGGCCCAGUUCGGUACGCUGGCCGACUACUUCGCGGCGCUGGAGGCGGACGCACGGAAGGAGGCGGCGGCCGGCCUGGCGGCCUUCCCCCGGCUCUCCGGCGACUUCUUCACCUACGCCGACAAGAACGACGAGUACUGGAGCGGCUACUACACGUCGCGUCCCUUCCACAAGAGCAUGGACCGCGUGCUCAUCAGCCAGCUGCGGGCUGCCGAGCUGCUGUAUUCGCUGGCGCUGGCGGCGGUCGGCCCCUCGCCGUCGGUAGAGCUCUCUUCGCACACGUCCCAGCUUCUGGCCGACCUGGUGCUGGCCCGGCGCGCGCUCAGCCUCUUCCAGCACCACGACGGCAUCACCGGCACCGCCAAGGACAGGGUGGUCAUCGACUACGGCAACAAGCUGCUGAAGGCGCUGGAGCGGUGCCAGCGCGUGCUGCAGCAGUCGGCGCAGGCGCUGCUGCUGCCGGAGCCGGCCGCCUGGCAGCCCGACAUCAGCGCCGUGUACUGGGAGCCGGCCGAGCGGCGGCGCGGCCCUGAGCGGCUGGCCGAGCGGCGCACGCUGUCGCUGGCCGACGGCGAGCGCGCCGUGCUCGUCUACAACGACCUGGCGCACCGGCGCGUCGAGGCCGUCAGCCUGCACGUGUCCAGCGCGCACGUGGAGGUCACGGACCCGCGAGGGCGAGUGUUGAAGUCGCAGUGCGCGCCCGUUUUCGACGGUGUCGCCGCCCUGGUGGACGGCGUGCACAAGCUGACGUUCGUGGCGACGCUGGCGCCGCUCAGCCUCGCCGUCUUCACUGUGCGCCAGGUGGCGCCGAUGGAGAACGGCCGGCACGAGCUGGCGCUCGUGACGCUGGUGCACGUGCCGAAGGGGCAGCAAGUGUCGCCGGGCCGGGCCGCUCCAUACGCCGUCGAGUACUCGCCGCCUGCCCCCGUCACCUUCGGCUCCACCGACCUGACGCUGGAGCUGGGGCCUGACGGUCUGAUGACGUCACUGACGCGCGUGGGAUACGGUACGGACGCCGCCUGGCGCCGCGGCGGGGCCUUGGGCUCGUGCGGCGCUGGUCGGUGA